UUUCAGGUUUCAUUUUCUUACCCGUGUAUAUAAUAAAUAUGUGGAAUCUAUUUUGAAAGAUAUUGAGAAAGGGAGAACGGUUUGCCCUGACGUUUUGGUUCUCAAUUCAUGUUUAUGGGACAUCAGUAGGUAUGGCGACAAUUCAAUGAAUGAAUACAGAGAGAAUAUUGAAAAAUUAUGCAAACGCUUGAAGGAAAUGUUACCACAUGACACAUUGGUUAUUUGGAGAACUGCAUUACCAGUUAGUGAAAACAUGAAGGGAGGAUUUUUAACACCAGAUGCUGAAAAGUUCAGAGAUUUAUUGAGAUUAGACAUUCUCAGAGGAAACUAUUUCGCUUAUAACAUUGUUAGUCGUUACAGUUUUGAUGUUUUAGAUAUGCAUUUUCAUUUCCGACAUCAACUUCACAGACGAGCUAAUGAUGGUGUCCAUUGGAAUAUGUAUGCUCAUAGACGAAUGACUAAUCUUUUGUUGAGUCAUAUAUCACGAGCAUGGGAUAAGGAAUUACCUUUAUUGCCAUGGGCAGACAAUUCAAGAAUAGAAUUCGAAUUUGAUGAUAUUGAAAUGAAUACAACAAAAGUACUCAAGCAAGCAUAUGAACCAAUUUCUGGAUGGCGACGUUCUUUACCACCUCUGAUGGAAAUUCCUCCUAAAAUGCGAAACAGAAAUAGUGGAAUGACAAAUGCCUUGUCAAAUGUACCAAUUUAUUCUCAAAAAGAUUAUUCGAACAUGUACUCUACACCUGCAGAAGAAGAUUAUGAUGCGAAUCCUAACUUGGAAGUUGGUCCCAUGCGACAUGUAAAAAAGUGGUCAUCCAGGAAUGCAAAUGCUUAUAAGACAACAAGGAAAUGCUACUGA